AUGGCAGACAACAUGUACGAAAAGCUGGAGACAGCGUCUGCAAAGACGCGCGAAGCCAUGGCCGACAGACAGCAUCUGUCUCCCCCUCCAACACACGCGCGCCAAAAUAGAAUGCGCAUCGCCACCAGGGAGACUUCGUGUUGGUAUAUUCUCUGGGGUUUCGUCCUGGCCUUGUGCGGUCUCUCAAUUCUGGUGGACCGCCCACUCCUAUUUGUUUUCCUCCGUGAGCCCGAUUUCAAGGAUCAAUGCACCCAACCAGAACCGCACUUCCCUGCCAAAAACGAAGACCUCGACAAGCUCGUUGACAUCAUCGAGGGCGACGCGUUCAGGAACGCCAGCGUUGACCGUCUUUCCCGCGCUGUCCAGAUAAAGACAGAAUCUUUCGAUGACAUGGGUGAAGUUGGUCGGGAUCCAAGAUGGGAAGUGUUCUUCAAGUUUCAUGGCUUUCUGGCCCUGACCUUCCCAUUGAUCCACGAGAAACUGCAGGUUGAAAAGGUCAACACUCAUGGUCUGCUGUACACAUGGAAGGGCAGUGACGAUAGCCUGAAACCCACGCUUUUGAUGGCCCAUCAGGAUACCGUACCCGUGCCACCAGAGACGAUCGGAUCAUGGACCCACCCGCCCUGCGGUGCCUAUGAUGGCAAAUACGUCUGGGGCCGUGGGGCUGCUGACUGCAAGAACACCCUCAUCGCGUUGCUGGAAACCCUUCAACUCCUUUUAGAAGCCAAUUUUCAACCCAAACGCACGAUUAUCCUGUCCUUUGGCUUUGACGAAGAGGUAUCCGGGAGACGAGGAGCAUCGGCCCUUUCUGCCUUCCUUCAGGAGAGAUACGGCAAGGAUGGUGUCGCUGUCAUUGUUGACGAAGGCGCCGGCUUCGAAGAGACAUGGGGCACCCUCUUUGCGAAGCCCGGAACAGCCGAGAAAGGCUACGUCGACGUCAAAAUCACCGUCCGAAUGCCAGGUGGCCACUCCUCCAUCCCUUCCGACCACACGAGCAUCGGCGUUCUCAGCGAGCUCAUCACCAAGAUCGAGUCCGAACAGUACCCAACACGCCUAGUCGAGGAGAACCCCUACUACUCGCAGCUGCAGUGCGGCGCCGGCUACUCGGAUAACUUCCCAAAGAAACUCAAGAAGCUCCUGGCGGACAACGCAUUCAAAAAGCCUUCCUUUUUCCUUACCUGUAGGAACAAGCCCGACCGUCUCGCGCUCGAAGCCGCCAAGCAAGGCCCAGCAAUCAAGUACCUGAUGCAAACCUCCCAAGCAGUGGACGUCAUCUCGGGCGGCAUUAAAACCAACGCUCUGCCCGAGCGCGCUACGGUAACAGUCAACCACCGUAUCAAUAUCGGCGAGACCACAAAGAUUGUUACGGACCGUCUCACCUCUAUUGGUGACGAGAUCGCAAAGAAAUACAACCUCACCCUUCACGCCUUUGAUGACUCGCAAGAGGAGCCCAACUCGAUCCACCUCUCGUCAACGGUGAACAAACUGGAGGUAGCCCCCAUCACCCCAGCAGACGGCUCAACAAACAGCCCUUUCACAACACUAGCCGGCACGGUUCGUGCCGUCUACGGCAAGAACGUCAUUGUUACCCCUGGGAUCAUGACAGGCAACACCGACACGAGGUUUUAUUGGAAUUUGACGAGGCACAUCUUUCGAUUUGCGCCCGGCUACGACGCUGAUGACGAGGUGGGACUGGGAAAGAUUCAUACUGUGGAUGAAAGAGUCAGUGUGUUGAAUCAUGUCCAUACUGUGAGGUGGUUUGUGACGUUUGUGCGAAAUAUGGACGAGGCAAGGUUUGAUACGGAUGGUGGUUCCGGGAAGAGUGAUGAUUUGGGGGUUGGGUCUGAUUAG